AUGCAUCUCUAUGGCACAGACGACGACCUCAGUGCUUGGAGGAUCAGGGACGUGUCGAACAUCUACUCACAGGAGACAUGGGACUUGCGCCUCAAUGACUUGCAAGAACUCCAUAACACCAUCAUUGCAGAAUGGGAUGACUGGGUAGCAGCUGCACCUAGGACCUGGAAGUUGGAUGGCUGGCUGCUCAGUCAUGCACCUGUGGCUGUAGCCUGUCGCUAUGGUCAGAACCAACCUAUCGCUAAUUUGGAUGCCCAAGCAAAUACCAUAGAGGCUAAGAACUGGCAUGCAGAGAGUUCUAUCGCCAGUGUACGAUAUGUAUCUGUUGCCAUAGCCACAGAUAUUUCCUGCACUAGGGUCAAACAUUGGAUCAAGGUGCCUAAUGAAGACAUCAUCCAGAAGUAUGGUGUGGUGUAUGACUCCCCUGAUCCCCGUAUUCGCAAAGAGGUGGACUUAGACAAUUCUCCACAUCACGAUCCCAUUACUCGUCGUGAAAACAAUGUUUAUGAUGUGGAUGGCCGUCACAUUCCUCGUCUCCAUGAAAAGACCCAUUGCAAUGCACAACCAUGUGGCCUCCUGGUUAACUUGGAGACUAUCUCAGAGUUAUUUUCCUCCUAUAUCCCAGACUACGAUGCCAUGAUCAUUGACCAAGACGCGUACUGUGGUGAACAGAGUUCCACUCUACCCCGCACCGUCAACUUCGACGAUGACGAUCCAUUUCCAGAAGAAUAUGAUCUCUUUGAAGAUAGGGUUGAUGGUGAUCAAGGUGUUCCUCCAGUUCUCAUCCCCAGUGCUUGUCAAUUUUACAAUGAGCUGUCCCACCGCAUUCAUCCCUCCGCAGCCCUCCAUAAUGUUCAACAGGGUCGCAUCAUCUCUGCCCUUGUUGGAGCUUAUGGCAAUGCUGCCACAAAGAUCACUCACAACACUCAAGCAGAAAAGUGCGAUGGCAUGUCUAUAUACAAGGACAUCAUUGUGCCGCUUGCUUGCGCUUGGUCCCACCCAAAUAUCUUUCAAGCCCUCAGACCACACAUAUGCGUAUUUGCUUCCCAUGCAUUUCCUCAAGUCUAUCAAUGGAUGUCCUUCAGUAUCACUUCCUUGCUCGAACAUUUGUGGGCUUACCUGUCGGAAAAAAGUUCCCAGGGUUUUAAGGCCUUGCAAGACAUUUUAAUGCUCUAUUUGGAGGGUGUCCUUAUAAGGGCUUUUAAUUUGCUCCCCAUUUUGGAGUCCGGAAAUAAGCCCAGGCAUGAGGUGAUCGAACUCUGCUCUGUCCUGGAACACACCCUGGCAUAUGGUCACACCAGCAAUGCAAGAGUCCUCGCCGCAAGGUUGAUGAGGCCUCUUUGGUUGAUCCAGAGCCUCCUUGAGCAAGGACUUCCUACCUUCACGCCUGCAGUGCGUAUCACGACAGCCAUCAACAAUCCCAUCAUGAUCAGUGCGGCUGAUUGGCCGACCUUGGACAACCUGAAUGUCCCUGCUAUUGCAUCCAAGAGGUUGCAAGUUCUUUUUUAUGGCAAUGAUCAUUUCGAGGCUUAUAAAGCGGGCUUUCACAUUGAAUUGUCCAUCAACAAGCUCUCGCCGCACAUCUUCCUCCAAUACAGCUCCCAGGAACACCACUGCAUUGUUAUUGCAUUAGUGGCUUUGCACUCCUACAUCGUCGACAUCAAAACCUUGGUCGCGACUGCAGUCAAGAAGGAAUGUUCAACCAAUGAUGAGGACAUGAACUUCGACAUCGACAAUGGAGGACCAAGCAGAGACAAAGAGUGUCUGAAAUCUUUGCAGAAAUGGUUGGCAUACGGUCUACCCUGCUCAUCAAAAGAGAAGUUGAGUGUGCAAGAUUUUGCGGCAUGUAUCUGCAAGAUGACUCGGACCGAAUAUCCUUCAUCCAUCACUGCACCUCUCAUUAUGACGGCUCCUUCCACAGCUGUCUUUUGGAUAGCAUACACUUCAUGUCCCUUGGCAUGCGCCUCAUGGAGGAGGGAGGGGUCGCCCGUCAUGAAAAGCCAUGCACAACUCAUGGUGGUCAACCCUUGUGCCUCAAUGGUCGGUCAUGCCAACCCUCACCCAAUCAACUUGGCUGCUGAGGCAGCAAAGAAAGCUCAAGCUUCCGAUGCUCACGCUCCAUGGGCUGUGGAAUCUGUCACACUUCAGUCACUCCCUGAUUUCUUUUCCUGGAACAGUCUCCCCAAUGAAUUCAGCUUAGACAAUAUAGAAUGCAAUGGCGACAGCACUCUCACCCAGAUCUAUGAGUGGGUGUUCGCGAACUUCAACCGAGAGAAGCCGAUCCACAAGAUUGCAUUGCUCACUGGAAUCUACUUCAGCCACAUGCUUCCAGACGUGUUCUGGGAUGCAAAGGACAAGCCGUCAAAUAGAAAGCUUUUGGGGGAAGCAUCUUCAACAGCUGCUGUGAGGACACUUCCCUGGAAGCCCAACAAAGGCAGCAGAAAGGGGAGCACCUGGCGACCUCAGUUCAUCGCCAUGGUGCCAGCCUACAUCAUCUCGGUAUAUAAUCACAUCUUCAAGGGGGGUGUCCCACUGUCUGAUUGGGUGUUGCUGACGAAUGAGGAGAUCAACACAAAGCACAAGGAGCUGAUGGGCUUACUCCAAGAUUGUCAGUAUGGGCCAUUCAAGAUUGCAGUUGCCUUCUUUGGCCUGGACAAAGCAGUAGAAUUGGGCAUGACCACCGGCACGUACACUAAUCACCCAGCCAUGUCAUUGAUCGCACUCAAGAAGCGGCUACAGCCAGCAUCUGACUCUGAGGUGGAGAUUGUAGAGGAGGUACAGCACACAUGA